AAUGCCGCCGUCGCUCCUCCUCCUCCUCCUCCUCCACAGCUUCCUCUGGACUCUCUCUUCCGCCGUCGAAGUCCUCCUCAACGGCUUCCACUCCUCCAACCUCAGCCUCUUCGCCAACGCCACUCUCGAGCCCUUCCCCUCAUGCUCCCACCUCCUCCGCCGCCUCUUCAUGCUCUCUCUCACUUCCAAGGACCCCUUCUCCCUCGGCCGCGCCCUCCUCCCCGACCCCAUCCCUACCAAAUCUUCCUCCCUCGGCGUACUUUCCUUCUAUGUUUCCUUCCUUUUCUCCAUGGCCACCGUCCCCCAGGCCCUACCCGGCCACGGUCUGUCCUUCCUCUUCGCUCCCUCCCAAGACACCCUCGGCGCCACCUCUUCCCAGCACCUCGGCCUCUUCAAUCGAUCCUCUGAUGGAGACCCCUCGUCCCGCGUCCUGGCCGUCGAGUUCGACGUCUUCCGCAACCCGGAAUUGCACGAUAUGAACGGCAACCAUGUCGGCGUCAACCGCAAUUCCCUCAAUUCUAUUCAAGCUGCCGCCGCCGGAUAUUGGCUCGAAGACGGAGUCACCUUCGAAAGUCUCACCCUAAAUGACGGAUCCAAUUACCAGGCUUGGGUCGACUUCGCCGGCGGCAUACUCAACGUCACCAUGGCCCCUGCAAAACUUGGCGUUAAGCCGCGCCGCCCCCUCAUCUCUUUCAAAAUCGACCUCUCCGACGUCUUUCUCGACGAUAUGUACGUCGGAUUCGCCGCCUCUAACGGGCAAUUAAUGCAGCACCACCGCGUCCUUGGUCUGAGCUUCAGCAACACUAAUUCUUCUGCCAGCACCGGCCUAAUCACGACCGAUCUCCCUGAUUUCAUCACGCUGGAAUCUGACAAGACGCGCCUUUUGAUCAUCCUUCCUGUGUCUGCGACGGUGAUCGCGAUUUUUAUGGCGGGAAUAAUAGGUUUAUGGGUAGCCAACCGCCGUAGGAGGAGAGACAGGGGAAACAGGGGAGAGUUGGUCGAAGAGAUGAUAGAGGAAUGGGAAUCGGAGUAUUGGCCACAUCGAAUCGAGUAUCAUCAGAUUGCCGCCUCCACGGACGGUUUCUCUGACAGCAAUCUCGUCGGCCAAGGAGGCAACGGGAAGGUCUACAAGGGGCUGCUCGGAGGCGAACAGGUGGCGGUGAAGGUUUUCUCACAAACCAACGAGGCGGAGGCGGAGGCGAAGCAUUUCUCGUCGGAGGUUCGCACACUCGGCCGGCUGAAGCACCGUAACCUGGUCGGCCUCCGAGGGUGGUGCCGGACGCGACGAGCAACCGCCAGCACGAUGAUUCUCGUGUACGACUACAUGAAGAACGGAAGCCUUGACCGGUGGAUCUUUGGCGAUGGGAAGCGAUUGGAUUGGCAAUCGAGGGCGAGAAUCCUUCGAGAGGUGGCGGCGGCGGUGUUGUACCUGCACGAGGUCUGGGGAGGCGAGACGGUGGUGCUCCACCGCGAUGUCAAGGCGAGCAACGUGAUGCUGGACAGCGACAUGACCGGUCGGCUGGGCGAUUUCGGGCUGGCGCGGGCGCACCGGAGGGGGCUGCCUUUGGGGACCACCCAGGUGAUGGGGACAGUGGGGUACCUGGCGCCAGAGGUGGUGAGGACUGGGCGGGCGACGACGGCGACGGACGUGUACGCCUUCGGGGUGCUGACGUUGGAGUUGGCGAGCGGGCGGAGGGCGGUGGAAGAUGGGCGUCCGCCUCUGGUUACAUGGGCUCGGGAGGUUGUGAAGGUGAACGGGGAUCUGGCAGUGUUGGAAGCGAGGAUGCGGGAAUCGGAGGGGUUCGACGACUGGGAGGCGGUGCGGCUGGUGGCAGUGGGGUUGGCAUGCACGAGCGAGGAUGCAAUGACGCGGCCGACGAUGAGGCAGGUGGUGCGGAUGUUGGAGGCGGAGGAGCAGGAGGUGGCAGAGGACGGCGCGCGCGGCCGGGCGGAGGCGACGUCGUGGCUUCUAGAUGCGCGGUUGCGGACGACGGUGGAGUCUGACAGGGCGUGGGGACAGCACCAGCGUCCGCAGCCGCGGCACCACCUCACGAUCAAUGAGCUUCGAAAUUCGAUCUCCAUUUGCAUGCCGCUGUCUGGGUCCGAUAUCAUCGCACAGCCACGUUAAAAUCACUAAACUUUUUUCUAUGAAUCAAUCCAUUGUCGAUGGAACUGAGUUCUAUCCGUGAACUGAAAUCACUAAACUUUUUUCUACGAAUCAA